AUUCAUGACAUUUGCGAAAGCGAAAGCGAAAGGAGUCGAGUCGAGUUGUUUUCAUUUUUAUACGUCGUUAAAAUUUUAAUUAGACCUAUCUAAAAAUGCAGAGAGAAGAAAAGCAGCAGGAGGCUAUACUGCAAGCGAUUCUAAAUAGAGUCAAUGAUUUGAAAACUGCAAUACAAGCCCUUAUUACGAAAUUAGAAACUGAAUAUGAAACUAUCAAUUGGCCAACUUUUCUUGAUAAUUACGCUAUUCUAUCAGGACAUCUAACAGGGCUGAGUAAGAUUCUGCAAGCAGAAAUAGCGCCUCAGCUGCGUUCCCUGGUGGUGCUGCCGCUGCAGCUGGGCUGCAAGCGCGACGAGCAGCUGGCGCAGAUGACGGAGGGCCGCGUGCCGGCCUGCACGCACGACCUGGUGCCUGACCUGCUGCGGACCAAGCCCGAGCCCCAGGCGGAGCAACGCCUGCAACAGUUCAACCAUAAAGCCAGUACUCUCAAUUAUGAUACAGCCCAGAAACAAGUUGCACAAUUUACAAAGGUUGUAAGUCAUGUUUGGGAAAUUAUAUCCAAAGAAAGAGAAAACUGGGAAGGAGAAUCCAUGAGGGCAUCUGGAAUACAACCAACACACAACAUGGCUGACACCCAUGCGCUAGUGACUGCUGUAGGAACUGGCAAAGGCCUCCGCCUGGGUAUGCCUGCCAUAGUACCAGGAGUAGGUGGUCCCGGCAUGGGCCCCCGAGUGCCCACUCCUCAGAUGGGGCCCUCCUCACAGACUAUGCCCAAGGCUCCUUCCACUAUCAAGACCAACAUCAAAGCUGCCAAUCAAAUUCAUCCAUACCAACGAUAAAAUCUAUAUAUAAGUACCUACAACAACAAAAAUCUGUUAGAAAUAAGUUUGAUUCAUAAAAUAUUAUUGUAUACUGUAAAUGACUCCAUCUCUUUCUUUCUGAGCCUCAUUGGCAGCAUACAUAGCAAUAGGAGCGUUUAUGAGACGCGUCUUGCAUAUCAUGACCUGACAGAAUUCAGCACUACAUGUAUGUUAUUUUCUCUAUAACUUCCCCGCGACAUCUAGGGAAAAGUUGCUAUUUAGAUGGCCCAAGAAGGACGGAUUAAAAAGAGGACGGAGUGUUGUGGCUCUCCUUGGGAGAGGCCUAUGUCCAGAAGUGGAUCAAUAUUGGCUGAUGAUGAUGAUAGAAGUAAAUAAACAUAAGAGAUAAAAAAACCUUUCAAUACAAGCCACCUGUUUGUAGCUUUAUCCUUGUGGUCGGUAGUAUCUUAGAUAAUACAAAUACCCACCUAUAUAAUCUCAACCACAUUUAAAGUUAAUUUUGCAAGCUUGUAUUCCCUAGGUAUUACAGGAAUAAGAAGAAAAACAAAAAUUAGAUUUAUUAGUUAUUUAUUUAAUUCCAUACAAUAUAAGUUAACGGCUAGCAUUCUAUAACCUAAAGAAUAAAAUUGUGAAAACAUCACAUAGCAUUUUGCAUAGUGUAGAGAUACUCGUAGCUUUGCAAGAUUCAUUGAGCCCGCAAUGGAGUGGAGACUGUUAAUAUUGUAAGCUCGUAUAGUGUGAAAACUAAAAUAUUAAUACUUUUAACAAAAAAGCGAGAGAAUCCGGUUAGUUCAAGGUGUUUAUCUGAAACAAAUAAAAAUACAUAUUAAAAU